UUUUACUAUUAUCCUUAUCACCAAUAUCAUUCAUUUUUUUCCUGUCCCCAUUACUUAUCUUCUCCCCCAUCAAAUCUAAGCUCCGUUAUCUAACUAGUCUAUGGGAGCGAGCGAACAUCACAAGUACUAGCGCCCGGUCUGAAAAUAGACGUCCUAGUUGUUGCUACCCUGGCGACGUGACAGCGAAUACAACCAGGCACUUGGCAGCUACAUAGGUACCCAGGAUAGCAUUUUAUGAGCCACAAGCAGUAACUGCCAGUUCUCUUGAUGGACCUUUAGUGUCGUUGUUGGUGAUGAGAAAUGGAUGCAAGAGAUUAUGAAAGUCACAACUGUGUGAAGCUAAUUCUGACGCAUGGGAGAGUACAUGUCUGGAACGCCAAAGACGCAGAUGUUAUUCGUAGAUGCUACAGAAUUGUUGGUAAUUUGGUUGGUGCUCUCCCUCGGAAUCCUCACCAGGUUCAGGUAAUGGGACUUCCCCUUCAGCUCAUGCCAGAAGAGGUUACUUUAUUGAUUGAAAAGGGUUUUGCAAAGUUGGUAGAAUAUGAAGAAAUGACAAAGGAGCCAGCAUCAGAACUAAAGGAAAUUUUCAAGGACUGCCGAGACCGGUGUUAUGAAGAACAAGUUGUAGCAGCUGCUGAACAGCGGAAGAGAGAAAUAGAAGUCAUUGCGGAUAAAAUCCUUUCUGGGAAACGAAAGAAAUUAGAAAAACGGAUGAAGAGCACACCGGGAUCUGUCACAGAGGCAGAGCUGAAUGAACUUACCCACGAGAAAGUCAUUGAAGAAGAAUGCAAAAAGAUUCAGAGAUUGCCAGAGCAUCUUCAGGUCUGUGAGAUAUUUGUUGAAAACCCCUUAAUAAAAAGACUAACCCCAAAUGAGGUCAGAUGGUCUUUUCCCACAAGUAACAUUGAGGAACUGAGAUAUGCUGUUUUUAAAGAUAUGUGGGAAAGAGAUUAUUAUUUAACAAAUGGUAUCAAAUUUGGUGGAGACUUCUUAGUAUAUCCAGGAGAUCCAGUCCUGUUCCAUGCAAAAUUUAUUGUGAAAUGUGUUGAAGAUGUAGAUCAAGUGAACAUCCAUGACCUUGUGACCUGGUCUCGAAUAGGCACAUCAACUAAAAAGACUUUAGUGGUUGCAAGCCUUGGCUCAACUAAGAAAGUGGAAUAUAAGUCUUACCAGUGGGUAGAAGGAGAAAAUCAUGUAAAUGGAGAAAUUUGAUUUUUUUUUUUUCUUCUUCUUAAUUGCUGUAUAAUUGAAAGAAAUUUUAUAUAUAUUUUUUUUUACUCUUUAUUGGUAUCAAUGCUGUUAUGUUAUCAUAUUUAUGAAAGAUCUUCAUUUAAUACUUAGACAUUUGUCAAGAUUUGAGAGAACUAACUUUUCAAGUAUACUCUGAAAUGAAAAUUUAUCUGUAUUGUGGUUUUGUUACAUUACAAUACUUUGGGAAAAAAUACAUUUAAGGUAAUUUUCCUUAUGUCAGAAAUUGUAAUACAGUGAUGCAUUACAUAAAUGAAAGAAACUUUUA